AUGACUUCUAAGGUUGCACAGGUAUUCCCAGACUUGACAGAUCAGUGCAGUGGAGGACUCGACGGUGGCCAUGCACGAGGUACCGGAGGCCGAGGUAGAGGCCAUAGAGGGGCUCAAGCUGAGUCCUUUUCCCUGGGCAGUAUGCCAAAUCUGGAUACGAGUGAGACGCUAGUGUCACCUGCUACGGAGAUUGGGUCUCAAGGUCACAUAGCUGGGGAUGAUGCAUUAUCUCAGGCUAUGCUAAACAUAUUGGAGAGGGUUGCUAGACCUAAUACUAGCUCUGGGGGCCAAGGGUCGGUUACGGAACGACUCCAGUCCAAUGGAGCUGAGCUCUUUAAGGGUAUCACUGGAGUCGCCCCUAAUGUGGUCGAGUACUGGAUCAAGGCUAUGGAACGGAUUAUGGAUGACUUAGAUUGCACCCCUGAGCAGAAACUAAAGGGUACAGUCUUGUUGUUACGUGAUGAGGCUUAUCAGUGGUGGCUGACUAUUAAGGAGGGCAUUCGACCCGAAUGUUUGACCUGGGAGUUCUUUAAGAUUGCGUUUCAAGGUAAAUAUGUGGGAGCCAGUUAUGUUGAUGCUAGGAGAUGUGAGUUUUUGAACCUCACUCAAGGAGACCGCUCUAUGGCCGAGUAUAUGGUCGAAUUCCUGAGAUUGAGUCGCUAUGCUCGAGGCAUCGUGGCAGACGAGUGUGAGAGGUAUGUCCGAUUUGAAGAUAGGUUGAAGGAUAACUUGAGGGUUUUGAUUGCUCCACAGAGGGAGUAA